GGACCUGCUGCAGUAACCAUAGGAUGUAAACCUAUGCAAGUAUAUCGCUGACUUUUACAGUGAUAAUGGAGAGAAGUGGGGGGACAAUUGCAGCUAUAAAAGCUCUGGGGUAUCCGGGCGGCUCCUGCCUCGGCAGGUGCGAGUGUGACGAGCUGCCCUGCCCGCUGCUCACCUGGCUGUCUGCAGAGCUCAGGACUCUCUGUCCAGAGCUACAGGACUCAAAAAGGGCAGGUGAUGUAUUGCUGGUGAAAGAGCUCAGAAAUUUGUUAUCAAACAUGUUCUCCCCCCUUGCUGUGCUGACCUCUGAUGUUCUGGGACCAUCCACCCUCAACUGUGUGACUGAGUUUCUUGUGUCAGAGUUACAAGCGGUUCGAGUAAUCAAGCAUAAGGAACUGCAUCCUGAAGAAAAUUCAGCAGAAGGGGAGUCUGAGAAAGAGCAGCGAGUGGAUGAUAACAGCCAUGCAGUCACUGAGUUUCAUCAGGAAAAUGAAAAUGAUGUCUCAGACGCAAAUAGAAGGGAGGCAGAGAUACAGGCAGAGCAGAUAUUACUUCUGCAUGCGCUCAGUUUGGAGGCCUCCUCUGAAUUUGACGAUGUGCUGAGUGAGGUGAAGUUAAGGCUUGCUCGUCUACCGGAUGGAGACAUGCUAAACCCUCUUCUUAACAGAAGUCUCAGCUCAGAACAGUGGAUGCAGCUGAAAAAGAUCAGUGAAAUUCUCUCAGGGGACUAUCAGUGUCGGCGACAAAUGAUGGUCAAACGUUUUCAGGUGACGCUUGAGUCAUUUGCAUGGGGAGAAAAACAAAAGGAGCGCAGUUCAGCACUUGCCUCAGUGCCUCCUCUUGCAUCCCUUACGGGAUCCUCCCAUGUUUCUCUGCCUCUUCUGCUGGCUGCCAGAGAAGAUCAGUCCUUCAUCGAGCCAAUCAAAGCUGGUACAAGUACCUCAGUUUACAAGACAUUGAUGGGCAGCGUCCCGGACAGAGGAGGACGUCCUGGGGAGAUUGAGCCACCUAUGCCAAGAUGGGAAAAACAAAGAUCACAAGGAAACAGGGGAAAAGGAGGUGGACAACAUCAUCGGCAUAAGAAGAAGGGGAAAAAGGAGUAACUUCCUUGUUUUGAUAUUACUAUUUACAUUUCACAAUUCAUAAAUUUUCUUUAUUUAAAUUAUUGGUUGGAACUAAAUUAAUUGUGGAAUACUGCACAUCAUAUAAUUUCAUUGCUAUGAGUCUGUUGAUAAGUUGUAUCAACACAUUCAUAUUGUUUACACACACGACUGUGUACAUUUCUAUAUAGCUCGUAAUUGCUAUCAAAAUUAUUUUUAUUUGAAAAGCAGAGAACAGAUGAAUUGUUUUGGAAUGUGUGGGCUUUCUCAUUUAUUGACAGAUUUGUUAACAAAUAAACCGAUGA